AUGUCGGCUCGCCGUGGUUUGUCACGAUUUGACCGUAUUCAUCAAUGGCUGCAGUUCUCUCGUCAGUGGCAUAUAGUUGACGCAAAUCAUCAGGAUGUGUUCAAACUAGGGAAGCAUGUUGCUAGACAUCUAGCGGGGAAGCAUAAACCAAUUUGGCAUCCAGAAACAGAUUGUGGUGACCAUGUAGUGGUGAUAAACUGCCGACAUGUCGCCAUGCAUGGCUUUGAUUGGAAGCAUACCUUACUUCACUUCAACAGGGAAUAUCCAAAAUCAAAAGCUGACAUACCAGCAUGGCAAAUACACGAAUACGAUCCGUGUCGCAUGGUGUUCUAUGCUAUUUACAAGGCAUUGGAGAGAAAUUUAACACGUCGUCGUCAUAUAGAACGGCUUCACUUGUUCCCUGGGACAGAUAUGCCUGAUUUCGUAAGGGAAAAUCUUGGUAACCAGUUAGAACAAGUGCAACGUGUACCACGACGAAGCGAUGAAUAUACUGCCGAGGAAAGAGCACAAUUUCCGAGACUACUCAGCAAGAGGUUAUUGAAUACAGCAUUAUUUGUACCAAGGUUUCCCAAAAAUCACGUGGAGGAAUGGGAGCGCAGCAUACCUAACCCAGGAACGUACGAAAAAUCAAGCUCUGAUGACAAGAAAAGGAUCUAG